CCGCUUUCUACAAUGUGGCCGCCACUAUUUUCAAAACCAAAUCCAUAAUCGUGGCCAGUCCCCGCCACCCCUUCCUCCUUCCGCCACCAUGAUUACUGCUAUCGUAAAUCCAAUCCCUCCAUUAUUUCUCUCCAACUUAUAAGAAAGUAAAGCGUCCAAAACUUGGGUAAUUAUGCUAACCGUUCGAUACGCUCGCCAAACCAGGUCCUCCUAUCUCUACCCUCUUCCCCUCUACUUAUUAUACUCCACUUCCUCCGCCGCCGCCUCCAAACUACAAGCCCACCAAGCUAUCCUACCAACUUCACCAUCUUCAUCCCCAACGUCGCCAGUUUCCUCCUUUUCCCGCGCCGAAGUACAUCAAGCGAGUGAUGUCUUAUUGCCAUUCAAAGAAUGGUUUUUGUCCCGGAAAAUCCCAUUACUGGAUCGAAUCUUCGAGAUUUUGCGGAUGGACGAUAACGCCGCCGCUGAGGCUUCCCUCUGCCGUUUGAACCUCAGGUUAUCGGAGUCCUUAGUUCUCGAUGUAUUGAAUUAUGGCAAAUCCGACAGGGAUUUGCUUUCUUGUCUGAAAUUUUUUGAUUGGUCUGGGCGGCAGGUCGGUUUUGAGCACACUCGGGCGACUUUUCACGCGAUUUUUACCAUUCUUUCCAAGGCUAAGCUAAUGUCUUUGAUGCUAGAAUUUUUAGGGAACUAUAAGAAGCAAAAAUAUGUUCAACAAGGGCGGUUUUAUAGUACUUUAGUGAUUGGGUACUCAGUUGCGGGCAAACCUGAGAUUGCACUCCAACUGUUGGGUAAAAUUCGCUUUCAAGGAAUUGACUUGGACGAUUUCUCUUACCAUGUUUUGUUGAAUUCUUUGGUUGAACAUGGCUAUUUUGAUGUUGUGGAUGUGGUUGCCGAUCAAAUCAGACUUCGUGGAUAUGUGAAUGGUAUCACGCAUUCCAUAUUGGUGAAGAGUUUUUGCAAGCAGAAGGAUUUGGAUAGGGCCGAGAAGUAUUUAAGGCAGUUGAUGACGGAGGAUGUGAAUGGGAAGGUAGCGUUAAAUGGGAUUCUUGUGGCCACAUUUGUGGAUGCUUUGUGUAAGAAUAAAGAGUUUGAGAGGGCUGGUAUGUUGGUGGAGGAGCUGAAAAAAUUGGGUAGUGUUCCAUUGCAGCCUGCCUAUGGUGUGUGGAUUAGGGACCUUGUUCAAGCUGGGAAGUUAGAUGGGGCAUUGGAGUUGAAGGCUAAGAUGGAAACUCAUGAGUAUGUCCCGGAUAUAUUUCGGUACAACAGUUUGGUGUCUAGACUGUUGAGGCAGAAUAGACUGGAGGAGGUGUUUGACUUGUUGAUAGAGAUGAAAGAGCAGAACAUAAUACCUGACGGGUUUACUAUGAAUGCUACAUUGUGUUUUUUUUGUAAGGCAGGGAUGUUGGAUGUUGCAAUGGGGUUGUAUGAUUCGAGGGCAGAGUUUGGUCUUUCCGUGAAUAGCAUGGCUUACAACUAUCUUGUAAACAGUCUCUUUGAGGAUGUGACUAUUGAUGACGCCUAUCAGGUACUAAAAGAUGCAAUUGAACAAGGUUAUUUCCCUGGUAAAAAGACUUUUUCUAUCAUUACUGACGCUCUCUGCAGAGAGAAGAAGCUUAAUAAGAUGAUGGAGUUGGUUCUUGUUGCUCUUGAGAAGAAUUUUGUGCUUAGCGAAUCGAUCUAUGACAAGUUCAUAUCCGCUUUGUGUAGGUCCAACAAAUUGGAGGAUGGUUACUUGUUACAUGGGCAGCUCAACAGAUUAAACAGGGUACCUAGCAGGAUCACUUAUUUUAACUUGAUUAGAGGCUUUUACCAGUCUGGUAGGGGGGAUAUUGCUGCUAAUCUACUAAUAGAGAUGCAAGAAAAGGGUCACAUGCCAAACAGGAAAUUAUUUAGAGCUGUUAUUUGCCAUUUAUGUCAGAUGGAUGAUCCAGAGAAGCAGUUCUUCAGAUUGUUGGAAAUGCAACUCUCUCGCUAUGAACCUACCUGCAAUUUUUACAAUUCCUUCAUUGAUGGAGCUGGGCAUGCUGGAAAAUAUCAUUUGGCUAGACAUGUUUAUAAAAUGAUGGAGAGAAGUGGUAUUAUACCAAAUAUGAGGUCUGACUUAUUAAUGUUGCAAAGUUAUCUAAAAAGUGACAAGAUCUCUGAUGCUUUAAAUUUCUUCCGAGAUUUGUUGAAGAGAACGAAGAUUGGGAAAAAGCUAUGGCACACGAUGAUUGUUGGUCUUUGCAGAGCCUGUAGGCCAGACUAUGCCCUGGAGAUCUUCUGGGAGAUGAGGGGAAACCAAUUGAGACCAAGUAUUGAAUGCUAUGAAGAACUUGUAAAGUUGCUUUGUGCUCGUAAAGAGUAUUAUGCGGCUUUAGAAGUUAUUGAUGAUUUGUCAAAAAUUGGUCGCCCAAUGUCAUCAUUUAUAGGGAAUGUACUACUUUUACAUUCUUGUAGCUCUCGUGAACUCUUCAAUGCUUGGUAUAAUUCACGAAAUCUGCAAAAUUUGACAACUCAUAGUAUGGCAAUUGGCAAGCUAAUUGAUGCCUGUUCUGAUUCUAUUGGAGGGGACCAAGACAUUAAUGCUAUGGAAGAACUGAUCCGACAAUGCUUUCCUCUUGACUUGUAUACAUACAAUAUGUUGUUGAGAAGGAUAAGCUUAAGCCAGAUAAAUCUUGCCUAUGAAUACCUUAACCAGUUACGCAAAAAGGGGCAUGAGCCAAAUCGAUGGAGUUACGAUAUAGUAGUGCGUGGUCUUCUGAAAUUUGGUCGGAUUGCAGAGGCUAGAAAAAUUAUGGAAGUGAUGUAUCGUAAAGGAUUUGAUCUCACUGAGCGAACAAGGCUAUGUGUGUAGCACAUACUAAGAAGCUCUCCAUGGAGGACAGCAAAGUAUUGAUAAGUUGUAGAACCAUUUUUGAGCUUGGAGACAUUUCUUUUCCUACUCAGGAUUUGCUUUCUGUUACAGAGGCCUGAGGGUGUUAUUGCUGCUAAUGGGCACAUUUUUCUUUGUCCUCACCAAAAUCAUCCCAUUUCCAGCUGAUGGAAAAUUAAAGUAAAAGCUGCUGGCCUUGAAUAGAUGAAAGGAGAUUUGCCUCUGAAGCUUAGUAAAAAUUCUUGAAGCAGGUCAGAAAGAAAGGGCAACAAUGUCGUCUCGUCAUAAAGUAGACAGUGAAUCCUGGAAGAAGGAAAGAUGUGGGGAACUUCUAGGAAUUUUCUGUGUUUUGAUCAUGUCACAAGAAGUGGGAUUUUACAUCUUAAAUCUUUUAAGUAGAUGAGCAGAAGGCUUGGAACUGGUGCAUGAUCUUGGAGAUUCAAAGCCUUGCUAGGAGCUGAAACUAAGACAAGGUCAGAAUUGAAUUAGCUACUCUGACAUUCAUCUUUUUGAGAGAAGAUUAUAGAGUGGGGGCAAAUAUAUGGACCUGUUUACUGCUCUGAUAACCCUCUUUAACUCACCUGAAGUACGGCAUUUUCUGUUCCUGAUCUCAGAUAGCGGUUUGCUAAUCCUUAGAAUCUUCUUUAGAUGGAGCUAUUUAAGUGAAGAAUUUGAGGAUCAAAGUGCCGGUGCUUAUUCAGGAUAGUCUUUGAUACGGUAAUGAUCUGCAGCCAAUGAGAUGUUGCUGAUAUUGAAGGCCUGGUUUGACCAUAUAAAGAGGGAUGAGGUGAGAAGAAACAAGGAAUAAAAAGAUGUAAGAGAGGACUAGCAUUGUGAUUGAACCUAAUAUUUUAAUGAAAUAUGGAAGUUUGGUUAAAUUUGUUGAUGAAA